GGCGGCGCAGCUGGUGGAGGCUGCGGACUUCGCGGCUCGCAAGCACCGACUGCAGCGGCGGAAGGACCCCGAAGGGACCCCCUACAUCAACCACCCUAUCGGUGGGCGCACCGCCCGGGGAGCAACCGCAGCGGUGUCUAGGGGGUGGGGACCCGGAAGGGAUCGCGGAGGGCCUACGCCUCAUUGAGUACCUACAUUGUACCGGGCUUUGUGCCGGGCACUUUUCGUGUUUAAGCCUCGCAGCAACGCGGGACGGUAGGCAUGAUUGUUCCUCUGCACAGAUGACACUUAGAGUAAAGGUCCUCUGGCUAGUGAGAGGCCACAUCUGGCUCUGCAACACCCGCAGCACGCAGCCUGGGGCUCCCUCAGGUCUGACUUCCUGCUUUGCCCCGUCAGGUGUUGCUCGGAUCCUGACCCAUGAGGCGGGAAUCACUGACAUUGCGGUGUUACAGGCAGCCCUGCUCCAUGACACAGUGGAGGACACAGACACCAGCUUGGAUGAGGUGGAGCGGCACUUUGGGGCGCAAGUGCGGCGGCUGGUGGAGGAGGUGACAGAUGACAAGACUGUGCCCAAGCUGGAGAGAAAGCGGCUGCAGGUGGAGCGUGCACCCCACAGCAGCCCCGGGGCCAAACUGGUGAAGCUGGCAGACAAGCUGUACAACCUGAGGGACCUGAAUCGCUGCACCCCAGAGGGAUGGUCUGAACAUCGAGUCCAGGAAUACUUCGAGUGGGCAGCGCAAGUGGUGAAGGGGCUUCAGGGAACAAACCGACAGCUGGAAGACGCUCUAAAGCAGCUGUUUAAGGAGCGGGGGCUGACGCUCUGAGCGGUGCUUGGAGCCAUCAGGGGCCCAAACUCCAGCCUUGGCCAGGCCAGAAAGAUUUCCUGUUCCCGCCUUUCGGUGCCUCUCCAUCUCCCUCCCUGACUGGUUCAGCCCAGAUACAAGAGGCCAAGAGACACUUGCGUCUUGUCACUCUGAAUGUGUCCUGCCAACUCAGCUGAGCCCUGGAUUGUGGAAAUCAGAUGGAGCCCGUCCGAUCCUAAUGCACUUACUGCCCUUUCUCCAGGCUUGGGUCUGUUUGCUAUUCUGUAUGAGUGAACUCUGGCCCCUCAAGGACUUGGGCUUCCAUAAACACUAGUUCAUAAGUCAUUAUGUAAAAAUAAAGCAUUUUGGGUGAAGUUUUAA